UUUACUACCUUCAGCUGAGCCGGUUGCGUUUUAGCAAGAAAACUGCUUGGAUAAUGUCGGCCAAACCCAUUCUCUACUACGCCCCCCGCAGUCCGCCAUGUCGUGCUGUUCUGCUGACGGCCGCCGCCCUGGAACUGGAGUUGGAUUUACGUCUUGUCAACGUAAAAGCCGGUGAGCACAAGUCCGACGAGUUUCUCAAGUUGAAUGCCCAGCAUACGAUCCCAGUGCUCGACGAUAAUGGCACCAUCGUGAGCGACUCUCACAUUAUCUGUAGCUAUUUGGCCGACAAGUAUGCCCCGGAGGGCAAUGAUUCCCUGUAUCCCAAGGAUCCUGCUCAGCGUCGCCUGGUGGAUGCCCGUCUGUACUACGACUGCGGUCACCUGUUCCCGCGCAUCCGGUUCAUCGUGGAGCCGGUGAUCUAUUUCGGGGUUGGAGAGGUGCCCGCCGACCGAGUGACUUAUCUGCAAAAGGCCUACGACGGCCUGGAGCACUGUCUGGCUGGAGGUGAUUUCCUGGUGGGCAACCAGCUGACCAUUGCGGAUCUUAGCUGCAUUGCCUCUGUGUCCACGGCGGAGGCCUUCGCGCCCAUCGAUGCCGAACAGUUCCCCCGUCUGGUGGAGUGGGUCAAGCGGCUGCAGGCUCUGCCGUAUUACCAGAAGACCAACCAGGAGGGACUGGACAUGCUGGUGGACCUGGUCAAGGGACUGCUGACUGAACGCCAACAAAAUUAGGCCUCACUGCAGAGAGAAAUUGAUGGAUUUUUUUACUAUUAAAAUGUAUACUACAAACCACAA